AACUACGGCACAAAGAGAAGGACAUUGCCAAAGAGACGAGCCUCCGGAGGCUCGGUGACUAGAGUUCAGAAGAGACCGGCUCCAAGUAGGAUGAAUCCUCCCCGCGAAAGCCGCAGUCGAGCAAACAUGGAAGAAGAGGAGGUGUUGUCGGACAAUCCCCGACACGAAACGGACUCUCCUGCUAUGAAAAAGAAGCGCAAAGCCGCCCGCCUGUUUCUGUCGGAUGAGCAGGAAGAAGAGUUGGUGGAGUGGCUCAAGUCCAACCCGGAACUGUUCAACAAGAGCCACCAAAGGUACAAAGACAUUGACCUGAAGAACAGCAUUUGGGAGGAUAAGGCAAGCGAGCUGGGCAUGCAGUCGGGAGACCAUCUCCAAGUGUGGUACAAGUCGAUGAGGACAAGGUUUGGCAAACUUAGGAAGAUUAUGUCUGUGAACAAGUCGAGACAACUCACCUGGCGGGAUCAAUGGAUACUGAGGAACUUUGACUUCAUCUCCCCACACAUCUAUGUUUGUAAUAGAGGAGGAGGCAGCAUUCUCAAGCAAAAGUUUCAGUCCAGGCUGUAUGAUCAACAGCAGUCCGGGUCUGAGGAUGAGGAAAACUAUGAAGAUCUGUACAAACUUCCAAGCAUUCCGAACAGCAUUGCAGCACCCUCACCAUCAGUAAACGUACCUACUGCAGCUUCAUCAACAGCCCAACUUCCUGCGCAGAUGGAUUCCUUCCAGACCUUUCCAGUGGUGAAUCAGGUGUCCCAACCUUGUGGGCAGGCGGAACAGCUACUCGCUGGCAUCUCUGCAGCAGUUUCUGCCGGCCAGAACAACAGCAUGGCCAAAGGGUUUGGGAAUUUCCUGUCAAGCGCUGUGACAUCGUUGCACCCGUCGCUGCUGACAUCCUUCUACCAGGAGUCCUGGGCCCUGGUGAUGAAGUACCACGUCCAGAGCGAGGAGUUGAAGGAAAAGGAGCGACAGGUGCCAGUCGUUCCUCUUACAGUCAGACCCAUUGUAAACCACCUUCCACAGAUGUCCCAGUCCAAUGCAGAGCUAACAGUUCAGUCUUCGCCAAAGGCUCAAUCUGAAGCGACUCAGCAAUCACCACGGUCAAGACAGCGUUAGCAGCAACCCGAAUAUUCCAAGCUGAACACUCAAAGAAUCUCUAAUAAGAUUGCACAUUGAACAUGACACCAGGUCACCAUAUUAAAACAAAGAUGCUUUAGGUUUAAAUCAGUGAAAACUAUGGCAAGCCAGCAUUGCCAUAUUUUUUAUCUAGAAUGUGAAUAUUACAUUUGAAUGUGACUUAUGAUCAAAGCCAGGAGUGCUAUUUUCCUAUUUAGAAUGUGAAUAUCGCGUCACUACACAGAGUGUAGGGGUAGUAAAUCUCGCCUUGUAAUGAGAAGGUCGUGUGUUUGAGUCCUACCACGGCCUAGCAUCCUUUGGCAAGGCGCCAUUUGGUAAUCCUUACUUUGCCACUCUCCACCCAGGUGCUGAAUUAGAUAGUUAUGUGGUAAGAUGUGAAAGUCAUUGUAGCUUGUCCAGUAUUGUAUGUGCUCCUGACUGACUGGAAUACUCCCCAGGGAGUGGAGGAUGUGCAUACUUUUGUGUGUGGGAAUGACUGAUUGAAUCCAAUGACGAGGGAAAUAGUAAAUCUGAAAGCACUUAGAUAUUUAGAUUGCAAUGCUAUAUUUUAUUAGCUGGAAUGGGAAUAUUACAUCCUUCAUGUGUCUGAAGUAUGGAAAGCUAGCAGUGUUAUAGUUUGUAUGAUAAUGAAUCCGUGUAUCUCAAGUAUUAAAAGCCAGUAUGGCUAUAUUUUGUUUUCUAGAAUGUGUACAUAUCAAAAUGUGUCUGAAACUAUGGAAAGCCAGUGAUGUAUUUGUUUUCUAGAAUGUGAAUUUUGCAAUUUACGUGUAUCUGAAGUAUGGAAAGCCAGCAGUGUUAUAUUUUGUUAUCUGGAAGGUGAAUAUCACAUGUAUUAUCUGAAGUAUGGAAAGCCACGAUUGCUAUAUUUUGUUUUUUAGAGCGUGAAUCACAGUGUAUCUCAAGUAUUGAGAGCCAGCAAUGUUGUAUUUUCAUCUAGAAUGUGAAUAUUACAAUGUUCAUGUAUCUGAAGUAUGGAAAGCCAGCAGUGUUAUAUUUUAUUAUCCAAAAUGUGAAUAUCACAAUGUAUUUUAAGUAUGAAAAAUCUGUGAUGUAUUUUGUUAUUCAUAUUUAUUUUGUGAAUGAAUAUGAUUGGCCAUGUAACACUGAUUCUAUGGAGGGUAACUACUGAACUUCCUUUUCCCAAAUUAUGAAGAAAUAUCACCAACUUUGGAACUAUUUUGACUGGCACAAGAAUUAGACCCAUUUUACUGUCUCAGGUGAUGAAUUUGAUUGUGUCAGGAGAUGUCAUCAUAAAUGCUGAUUUUUUCUUGAAAUAAGCCUGUCAAGGUACACUUUUCUAGUCAGAUAUGGAAUGUCAGAUAUAUUUCCUAUCCACUGAUGGUAAACAUUCUACUCUCUUAUUUCAUGUUUAUUUUUAUGAUUUUUUUUUUUAAGUGCCCCUUUAACAUUCAAGUCUAUGGGAAAUGUUUUACACUCGUAAAACCUAGAAUGUGAAUAUUACAAUGUAAUGUAUAUGAAGUAUGGAAAGCCAACUGUACAUUUGAUAUGUUCGGUGAUGUAAGAAGCACUUAUAUGUUGGACAAUGAAUGCAUGUUGAUGCCAUUCAGACAGCAAAAUGUUACAUAAAACUUGUUUCUUUGUUGGAUUUGCCUUCCACCAAUCAAAUGGCUUGAUUUCAUUCUCUCUCAACUUGCCAAUGUUUAAUAUGUUUUGUGAAAUCAUACCCAGGUAAUGCUUGCCAUUUAUUAUGUUAUCAAGUACAUUUGUAUUUUCAAUUGGGCAGUUAAACCACUCAUAUAUAAACUCAUUGGCCCAUAUUCCGAAGUUGGAUUUAAUUUAAACUCUGGUUUUAAGCUGUGGUUUAACUAUGGAUUGCCAAUUGUGACAUGAGGUUUAGUUUAUCAGGUCGUUGGACUCUCAAAUCAUUCUUAACUGCCUGGGAAGGAUUUUAAAAAAAAGAGUUUUCUUCACCAUAAAGAUAUCGAAAAGAGCACAUUAUUGCAAUAAACGUAAGAAACAUACAAUGUAAACAAAAUUUUGACAUUUCAGGCUUCCCAUAAAUUUAGCACAGAGUUAGACCGUGGCCUAAGUUUCAACCGACGUCAGAAUACAGGCCGAUGCAUAGGUUUGUGUUUUGUUCGUUAAACCAAGGUUUAGCUAAUGUUAUUGGUAUAGAGAAACCAAAAUAAGUGGAGAGUUAAAAUAAUUGCUUUGCAAAUUGGCAACAUAAUUAUUGUUGUGUGAACCAAGGUUUAACUCCAGACUAAACAUUAAAUUUAAUCAACACUUCUGUGGAUUGUUGGGGUUCAUCUUUCUUCUUCAAUAUACAUGACAAAGAUAAUGUACCAAAUAAUUUAAUUUAAAAUAAUCAAUUGUAUGCUAAUUUAAUCCUAUUCUUCUCGUUUUUUGUAACAAAAUAAAUUUUGGGGGAAAAAAAUCUCUAUGGAAUUAAAUGAUUUCUGUUUUGUGUAUGAGGAGGCAACCAGUAUUCCGCCAAACUGCACUAAGUUAAUUCUAUGGUUAAAGGGGAACAAACUGGCCGACACUCUUGUGUUGUGAUCUCUCAUUGACUGUGUGUUAUAGAUAUCUAGUCUUCAAAUAUACACUGUGAGAUAACUCAAUGAUACAGACAAUGAAUUAGCCUUUAAUUUAAGUUGUGUAGAGAAACCUAACUAUGUGGAGAGUUAUAAGACUCAUUUUGUAAAUUGGGAAAUUUAAUUAUUGUGGUGUGGAUGUAUGUUUGUGCCUGUAUGUUAGUCUUUUUUGUUUGUUUUUUGUUUUGCUUGUCAACAAGAAUCUACUCCUGUGACAUUUGCUACGUUCUUAAUAUCUCAGAGGGCAUAGGGUUAGAAUUAGGAUUGUAUUAGAGUUUUUUGUUCAGAAUAAAUGUAAAGAUAAGGAUUAUUAAAACUUUUGAACGUUUUAGAUUUGGAGGUAAGGUUUUAUGUUUCACUUGAGUUAACAUGCAGAUUUUCCAUCGGAGCAGUUGUCAGUUUCUCAUCCUCAUUCAUGCCUUCAUACAAAUUUUGCUUUCAUGAAUUUCAAAUAAAAUACAAUUAAUUGAUUCUUUACAAAACCUCAAUAUUUGGCUUUCUCAUGUAGUAUACACACAGCCCACAUAUUCACUUUUUUGUUUGUAUUUUGUUCAGUGUAAAGUUUGCAAAUGAAUUUCAUUGUCAUCAUGAAUGAUCGUUUGGUGUAAAUAAAUGCCUUCAUAUAUUUUGUAAAAAAAAUU